CCCUUAAGAGCGGCUCGUGGAGCAGAGAGAGCGCCUCGUCGGGAGGCAGAAACGAGCAAUACGAAAACAUACACGCUUAUUUAUUAUUUUUGUUUUGUUUUGCACAAAAAUUGGAGGAAAUCUGUUUUUGGAGCGCAAGCCUUUCUCGUGCGGAAUGUGGCGCUGAAAAAGAAAACCAGGAUUGACACGGAGGAGCAAGUUUUCUGCAGAUUUGUGUGGUUGGAAUCGCUAAGCUAAUCUAGCUAGCCGGCCUAGCGUUCACCUCUGCCCGGGAAGCUCGUCACCAUUUCCGCGUCUCUAGCUUGUGGAACGUUGCAGUUAGCGGUACAUAGCGGACCGGUUGUGCAAUUGAUAGCUAGUUAUCACUGGAACUGCUCAGUUUGAACAGAGGCUGACGAGCUAACUAGCUAUCUGUCACCCUGUCCCACCCUCAGCUAGUCUUCAGCUAUUAGCAUAAGGCUAAUCUUUGGUGGCCACUUUUACAAGGCAACUUUACAACACAGCUACCUCUGCUUCUUCAGCUCUUUAACGUUAGCUAACAUUGCUGACGUUUCUUUAUCAAACCCUCUUUAGUUCAUACACUGGCAGGAAGGGGGGAAAAAAACGAACCCUAAAGUGCAAAGAACAGCGUAUAGCCGAGCGUCUGCUGUCCGUGAGCUGAGAUCAGAGCUGUUUGCUUUGACAUUAACGAAAAGAGACACUUGUGUAGUGAAACCGCCAAAUAUAUAAAACCCAAACACGUGGUUAGUCAUUUUUUUAACUCUUAAACUCCCCAGCAGUGCAGUUUGUACCUGGUUGAUGCUGAAAUAACAACGUUUACGUAUAAAUAAACAAGUCCGGUAGGUAAAUCCUUUGGCCUUAAAAGCUUGAACGCUUAUCCGUGAGGCUGUAAACACCCGGAACCAAACAACUGUCAUUAAUAUAUUUUUAUGCCAGAGAAAUUGUUUAAUUCGUUUUUGGUACGAAGAAGUAAAUUCUAUGAUUGUCAGACUAAACUGGGCUACUGGCAUUUGUGUGAACCAGUUCAUUUUUUCUCACUUAAGUCCGUAUUUUGAAGCCUUGAUCUUUUGUAGGCCUACCUCUUGACACCUCACUGGGAAACGACACAUGUUAUUCCGACACUUUUUCGACUGAGAUCAAAUCGAGACCCAGAUAAAUAACUCUUGUUACUUGCUCCUUUAAAAGCAAGCGUUUUCUGUACUGCAGCCCGUCCACUACAUGGACUGAUAAGGAGAAAUAUAUUUCUAUUUUUGUACCACAGUACAUAAUUUACAGAAAUAAAUCUAUAGUCGGGGAGAAGAAUAUCAGCAUCACCAUCCAACCAUGAGUAUUGAGAUCCCGGCAGGUCUGACCGAGCUUCUGCAGGGUUACACGGUGGAGGUGUUGCGCCAGAGGCCACCGGAUCUGAUCGAGUUCGCUGUUCAGUAUUUCACCCGCCUCAGAGACACCAGGAGUCAAGAUGGUUCCGGGGCCACUGCCAAGUCCGGUGGCAAGGGAGUGAUGUUUGAUGGUGAGCCCAUGCAGACAGAGUCUAAUGGUGAUGAUGAUGACGAUGAUGAAGACUCUGACUUUGAGCCACCUCCCCCCAGCAGAUUUAACCGGAGAGUGUCGGUGUGCGCAGAGGCAUUUAACCCUGAUGAAGAUGAGGAAGACUCUGAGCCAAGAGUCGUUCACCCAAAAACAGAUGAGCAAAGAUGCAGGCUACAGGAGGCUUGCAAAGACAUACUGCUGUUUAAAGCUCUUGACCAGGAGCAGUUUUCACAAGUGCUGGAUGCCAUGUUUGAAGUGAUUGUGCAGCCUCAAGAACAUGUAAUUGAUCAGGGAGAUGACGGGGAUAAUUUCUACGUCAUUGAAAGGGGCGUGUAUGAUAUUGUGGUGCAGAAGGAUGGCGUGGGCUGCUGCGUUGGUCAGUACAAUAACAAGGGCAGCUUUGGAGAGCUGGCGCUUAUGUACAACACACCUCGAGCUGCAACCAUCAUCUCCAAGCAGGAGGGGGCCCUCUGGGGACUGGACCGAGCAACAUUCCGUAGGCUGAUUGUGAAGAACAAUGCGAAGAAGAGGAGGAUGUAUGAGCGCUUCAUUGAGUCUGUGCCACUCCUCAAAUCUCUGGAGUUGUCUGAAAGAAUGAAGAUUGUUGAUGUUUUGGGGGUGAAGACUUUUCAGGAUGGAGAGAGGAUUAUCAUGCAGGGGGAGAAAGCAGACUGUUUCUACGUUGUUGAAUCUGGGGAGGUGAAGAUCAUGAUGAAGAGCAAAACAAAAGCAGACAGACAGGAUAAUGCCGAGGUAGAAAUUGCUCGUUGCACUAGAGGGCAGUACUUUGGAGAGCUUGCACUUGUAACCAACAAACCACGGGCUGCCUCGGCUUACGCCAUUGGAGAGGUUAAGUGCUUGGUGAUUGAUGUGCAGGCAUUUGAGCGCUUGCUUGGCCCAUGUAUGGAGAUCAUGAAGAGGAACAUUGCUCAUUACGAAGAGCAGCUGGUGGCUCUGUUUGGCUCCAGCAUGGAUCUCAGAGACUGACAGAGACUGGCCGUGCCUUACACACCUUACAUACACACUCCACAUACAUGCACACACGAACACAUAAGUAAUCUAAUACAUAUAGUUUCUAUAAACACCACACGAUUUGUAGGCACACACUCCUUUUUAUGUUCAACUCCUUCCCCAGAAGACACACACAAUGAAAGAUUUUUUUUUUCUCUGUCCUCUCUCUUUUGCUCCCUUGAAUCCUCCCCAACCGAUCCCUAACAUGCUCCCUUUCUCUCACACACUCGCACUAACACACCCCUGCAGUCUAUACAUCAGCUUUUUGGUGUAAAACGAAAGCAUUACGUGCACUCGAGCUGUGGCCAUCAGUCGACUUCAAGAAACAAGGACAGCCGUGCAGACACCAGAACACACUUGCACAAUGCAACGAAUAAACUCAGCCAAGGACCCAUCCCUUCCUAUGGACAUACACGUAAAAGAUGACAUAAAAUAAUGUUUGCAAAAUAAAGGAUCCUAAAAACAACUAAAAAUGCAAAAAAUAUAUAUAUAUAUGGUUGAACCGAGAAGUUUUAGAAACAUUUUAUGACAGUGCGAAGCUUUGAUUAACAUUUAUUUAAAUAAGACUUGUUUCCUUUCCUGCUAUUGGUGCGUUGAGUUAGUGCUGGUGGUAUCCACGGUGACCAAUGUUAGGUCCUCGUCUUGCUCACAAAAACUCCAUAUAUGGUAUUGAUUAAUGUAUUAUUAUUAUUAUUAUUAUUAUUAUUAUUAUUAUUAUUACUGCUUUUGGAAAAAAAAUUGUUUUAUUUUUGGGCUCUCUUGGAGAAUGUGCAGCAGAAUCUAGUGCUUAUUUUUUUUCUUGGUCAUUCUGGAUGAGUUGUUCUGAAAAGUAAAUAAAGCAAAACAUUUUGUUAACA